AAUGCGCUUUGCCUUGGUUUUAGUUUUUGCUCUUGUCAGCGGCCCGAUCGUUGCAAGAUGCGCCACAGCGCCUGCCGCCUCAACCAGCCCGACAUCCAGUUCGUCAACAAGUCCAACAAGUUCUUCUUCUACUCCGGCAGCCAGCUCUUCUACAAGUCCUACCAGCAGUUCGUCUUCAACCAGUCCUACUUCCAGCAGCUCAUCAACCGCCACCACGACCACAGCACCAGCUACCACUACUACUACCGCUAGCAGUACCACAAGCUCAAGCUCAAGCUCAAGCACGAGCACAACCACAUUUACGGCAGCCGAAAGAAGACGCUUGUUGAGAAGAAUUGCUCGCUUGAGAGCUGAUCGUCGCCGCUUGAGAUUGCGUCUUCGUGAACGAUCAAGAGGUUGCAGAACCGUUGUUCGCAGAUCUCGCAGCGAUAAUACAAGUGGUUCAACUGGUACAAGACGUCUAGUACGUCUACGCAGAGGUAGACUCAAUCGCCGCGGUUGAACAAGUUACGAACAUUGUCAUUUUUAAUGGAAUAAAAUAUAAAUAAUGCAAGCAUAAUAAUCAUGAUUUAU